UUCAUUCUUCAUGUGAGGCUUUCACUGUCAAGCCGUCCCGGUGUUAUAGUGAGUGUGAAGUGAAAUAUAGCAGGACUUCCAGAUCGCUGAGUGAGAAAGUGUGAAAGGCAUCAUGGGGGCUUUAAUGGUCAUCUUCUCUCUGCAGCCCAAACAAAGACGCAAGACAACAGACAGCGUUGAAGAUGAGCUUGAACUGUCGACAGUCCGCCAUCGCCCCGAGGGCCUGGAGCAGCUUGAAGCCCAGACGCGGUUCUCCCGGAAGGAGCUGCAGAUCCUUUACCGCGGCUUCAAAAACGAAUGUCCCAGUGGAGUCGUCAACGAGGAAACUUUUAAAGACAUCUACGCUCAGUUCUUCCCUCAAGGAGAUGCUUCAACAUAUGCCCACUUCCUAUUCAACGCAUUCGACACAGAUCACAACGGCUCUGUGAGUUUUGAGGAUUUUGUGAUGGGUCUCUCUAUCCUCCUGCGAGGGUCCAUCCAGGAAAAACUCAACUGGGCUUUCAACCUGUAUGAUAUUAACAAAGACGGAUACAUCACUAAGGAGGAAAUGCUAGACAUCAUGAAGGCCAUCUACGACAUGAUGGGAAAAUGCACGUACCCCGUCCUCAGAGAGGAGACGCCUCGGCAGCAUGUCGAAAUCUUCUUUCAGAAGAUGGAUAAGAACAAAGACGGGGUGGUAACCAUCGACGAGUUCAUCGACUGCUGCCAAAACGAUGAGAACAUCAUGCGAUCGAUGCACCUCUUUGAAAACGUUCUUUAACUCUUGGCUGGCGGGGGCGGUGGAGGCUUUGGAGGAGAACGUCACCUUGACUCGGACUGUAACUGUGUACAGUGUGCUAUGCAGACCUCUGAUGAAAGAUAUGAUAUUGUUCAUUCAUAUUGCUGUGAGGAGGAGGCAAUAUGGUGCGGACACUCUGGAACGGGCUGCCUUUUGAACAUUUUAUUUUUCAUAAACUUUGUUACAUAAACACGAAUUGAAAGGAAAGUAGAAAGUAUUUUACUUCAAGGUUGGUUUGCCUCCAAUAGUCUCUGGAGUGUCUCUGACAUUAUAAACACCCGGGGAGAGAUCUGGGAUGAAGAGCAGGCUUCUUUCUGCUGCAGCCUUGACUUGUUUCAUUUACUGCCAAGUGAAAUCACUGUGACUUUUUACUAAGGAUGAUUUGGUCUUUAAAAUAUAAAAAAUAUUAGCUUAAAGUCCAAGUCCUUAAAGACUGAAAAACGCACGAAAAAUGACCUUAACAAUUAGUAAAAUAUCAAAAUAGUUGAUAAUAAUUUUUUUGUCAAUCAACUAACUGUUGCAGCUCUACUUUUAUAGCAUCAAUCCAAAACACCUGAACAUAUGAUCUCUUGACUGGCUCUCCUUUCCAGAGUGUUCUCACCCGACUUAGUGAAUAAUCGUCUUUUUGCAUUUAAAUAAGAAAACAACAUCCAUUGUACUAUUUUAAAUUGUAAAUACUAUAGAUAAAGCAUUAGAUAAGAACUCUAUGAGAAACUUUUCAACGGUUCAUGUUUACUUGCCAACUAGAAUGAGACAACACAAGGAUUGUAUUGAUGUCACAAACCAUACCACUGAUGGUUUGUCUACAGAAGCACACAGGUAGCUAUAUUUACCGCCAGUUUAACUUUAAGACAACGACAUCUUCCGUCAUGACAUAAAUGCUGCUUUCAGUGUGUUUCAUUUAACCCAGUGUACGAAUAUUCCCUGUAAAGCAACAGACUACAUCAACUUGUUUUUAUUUUGUCCACUGUUUAAAGCAGGUUAUUUAUAUUAAGGUAUUAUUGUACAAAAGAUUGUUGGUUGUAUAUUAUUAAAUGAACGUUUUCUCUGGGGUGGAUUUCAGGACUUAUUCAUAAUUCACUGUUUUUAAAAAGAAGAGGGGUCCUGUGUAUUAUACUCAUCAUGCUUGGGUGUGUUUCCUCCUCGUCAAAGUGCAGGUGAUCACUUUCUGUUUCCUCUGAUUAAAGCAUGUGAGCAAACACAAAGCAUGCUGGGUAAAAGUCUCUUGCUGACUUCGUGUUGCUUGUUAGAAACUACUGAAUGAAGAGAGGACAUCAUGCAAGUAAAUUAUUGAAUGUUUCUUAAUUUUUCACAAUGAUUUGGAUACAGGAAGUGUCUGUAAAAUCAGCCGGAAGUUGUUGUUUUUUUAUUCAAAGUGUUGAAACAGUAUGUGACAAACAUUACAUUUGCUCAGUGAGGCAUGUUGGACUUUAGUUUAGUGAAGAGUACGGCACACUUGUGUUCUUUUUACUCAUGUUAUUGGACAUCACGUGUAUAUUUCCAUCAACAAAAUGCCAUGAUGUUCCUUGAUUUGUGUUUGUGUGCCUUACUGUUUGUAAAAAUGUUUCUGUUUGGUUGACAAAUCAGAGAUCUGGUUAUGAAAAGUAAGUGAUAAAAUGGAGAGGAAACAAAUGUUUGUUUGAACAUUACACAACAUAUCUACAAUAUGUAGAUAUUUUCUUUCUGAAAAUAAUAAAGAGUUUCUACAUUUCUUCUGUAAAUAAUAUCCAUAGUCAGUUAUCUCUGACGAAAGUGAAAAAAUAAACUAUAAACCU